AUGACCAUGCUCAAAGAACCGUGGAAGAAAUACAAGAAAUUUCCUCCUAUUAACCUGCCUGAACGACAAUGGCCGAACAAGACCCUCGACAAGGCCCCGCGAUGGCUGGCCACUGACCUUCGAGAUGGUAACCAAAGUCUGGUUGACCCAAUGAACGGCGAUGAAAAGUGGCGAUACUUCAAAAUGCUGGUCGACCUCGGCUACAAGGAGAUCGAAGUCUCAUUCCCCUCCGCCUCCGAUACCGAUUUCAACUUCACACGCAGUCUGAUCGAGACGCCCGGUGCCGUGCCUGACGACGUCUGGCUGCAAGUCCUGUCUCCGUGCAGAGAAGACCUCAUCAAGCGAACGGUUCAGUCUCUGAAGGGCGCCAAGAAGGCCAUUGUACAUAUCUACCUGGCCACCAGCGAGUGCUUCCGCCGCAUCGUUUUCAACUACUCAAAAGAAGAGACACUGGAAACUGCCAUCCGUUGCGCCAAGCUGGUUCGGGCCCUGACAAAGGAUAACCCGGAAAAUGCAGACACCGAAUGGGCCUUCGAGUUCAGCCCCGAAACCUUUUCUGACACGGAACCCGAGUUCGUUAUUCAGAUCUGCGAGGCCGUCAAGGCUGCUUGGGAGCCUUCGGUUGAGAACCCCAUCAUCUUCAACCUGCCUGCGACGGUCGAAAUGUCCACGCCGAAUGUGUAUGCCGACCAAAUUGAGUAUUUCUGCCGCAAUGUGACGGAGCGUGAGAAGAUUUGCGUCUCUCUGCAUCCUCACAAUGACAGGGGCUGUGCUGUUGCCGCUGCCGAACUGGCGCAAAUGGCUGGCGCUGAUCGAGUGGAGGGUUGUCUGUUUGGCAAUGGUGAACGAACCGGUAAUGUCGACCUGGUAACUCUGGGCCUGAAUCUCUACACCCAGGGCAUUCACCCCAACAUCGACUUCUCCGACUUGAAUAGCAUCAUUGAGACCGUCGAAGUGUGCAACAAGAUUCCAGUACACGAGCGUGCUCCUUACGGUGGUUCCCUGGUUGUGUGUGCCUUCAGCGGUUCUCAUCAAGACGCUAUCAAGAAGGGCUUCCAGCUGCGUACCACGGAGAAUGCAGCAUACGACGACCGGUGGCAAAUUCCAUAUCUGCCCCUGGAUCCCCAGGAUAUCGGGCGUACCUACGAAGCUGUCAUCCGUGUCAACUCGCAGAGCGGAAAGGGCGGUGCUGCUUGGAUUAUUCUUCGCCAGCUGUCCCUGGAUCUGCCUCGCGGCCUGCAAGUCGCCUUCUCAAAAGUCGUGCAAAGAAGAGCCGACGAGCUGGGCAGAGAGCUGCGCGCGCAGGAGAUCACCAAGCUGUUCGAAGACACCUACUACCUCAACUCGAACCCGCGCUUCAACAUGGUCGACUACAGCAUCAUGCCCGAUCGCACCAAGUCCCCCGCUCCUCCUGAGCCAGGUAAGACCCAGGACACCAAGGACCUUAAGCGAGUCUUUGAUGGUGUUGUGUCAUGUGAUGGCAAGGAGUAUAAGCUUCGCGGACGCGGAACCGGUCCCAUUUCCAGUUUGGCGAAUGCCCUGAAAAGUGUUGGCGUCAACCUGGACGUCCAGGACUACAAGGAGCACGCCAUUGGCAAGGGCCGCGAUGUCAAGGCUGCGACGUACAUAGAAUGCACGGCUGCAGGAAGCAAGGUGCCCGUCUGGGGUGUGGGCAUUCACGAAGAUGUUGUCCAGAGUUCUCUGAUUGCUCUUUUGAGUGCCGCCAGCAACUUUGCGUCUAGUCGACCUGGCAGUCCUUUCAUUGCAAAGCCCGUCGCAGAGUCUGAAGUUGAAGAGAUCGAUCUGGAUAAGUCAAACGGCAGCGCCAACGGUCCAUCAGUCGUUGUUAGUGCCCUGGAAACGCAGGCUAGUCAGAUGUGA